UAAAUUGACUUACACGCAAAAACUGUGAUUAAUAGAAAAAACGCCAAAUUUAAUUAAACUAGAAGUAAAAUGAAUCAACCAGUGCGCUUACAACAAAGUUCGGUAGCAAAUACAUCUCAAAUUAUUCAAGAUAACAUAACGAAGGCUAAACAUCUGAUGAUUUCAUUGAAUCUUUCUUUAUCUAACCUAUUUGAGGCUGCACGUAGCGAAAUUAAUAAUGAGGAAAGAAAUCCUGAUCAAAAGUCUUAUUUUGAGAAAUAUUUCGAGGAAUUUUGUUCGAUCAUCGAUCAAAUAGAACUGAACUUAAUUACAGCAUUAAAAUGCAUCCAACAAGCUGAUAAUAGCCGGAAAUAUUUACCACUUCCUGUUAAUGUAAAUCCACAACCAAAUUCCUGGAAUUAUAAUCAGUAUCUCAAUGUUGCAAAAGCUCAAAUUAAGCAUUUGGAAGAAGUUCGCAGCACAUUUUCAUUAAAUGAAUAACUUUAAAUGCUAUUUUGUCAAAUUAUAAAUUUUAAUUAAAUACAUUCUUCUUCAUUUUGUUCACAAUAUUUUGGAA